AUGUCACCACACAUAAACAAAUCAGCCAAACCAAAUCGCCGCCAUCGCCACCAAACCAACCCAUCAUCACCACCAAACCAAUCCACCACCACCAAACCAAUCCACCGUCACCAAACCAAUCCACCAUCACCAAACCAACCCGCCAUCACCACCAAACCAAUCCACCAUCACCCCCAAACCAAUCCACCAUCACUACCAAACCCAUCAUCAUCACCACUCAACCAAUCUACCAUCACCACCAAACCAAUCCACCACCAUCAAACCAAUCCACCAUCACCACCAAACCAAUCCACCAUCACUACCAAACCAAUCCACCAUCACCACCAAACCCAAUCCACCAUCACCACCAAACCAAUCCACCAUCAUCACCCAAACCAAUCACCAUCACUACCAAACCAAUCCACCAUCACCACCAAACCAAUCCACCAUCACCACCAAACCAAUCCACCAUCACCACCAAACCAAUCCACCAUCACCACCAAACCAAUCCACCAUCACCACCAAACCAAUCCACCAUCACCACCAAACCAAUCCACCAUCACCACCAAACCAAUCCACCAUCACCACCAAACCAAUCAUCAUCACCACCCAAACAAUCACACACAAACCAAACAACCACCACCACACACACACAACACCAUCACACCAACCAAUCCACCACCACCCCACCAAACACCAAUCCAACCAUCAACCCACCAAACACACCACCACCACCAACCAUCCACCAUCCACAAAACCAACCUCCCACAAACCAACCACACCACUCCACACCACCAAACCAAUCCACCACCACCACCAAACCAAUCCACCAUCACCACCCAACCAACCACCCCCAUCCACAACCACCAAUCCACAUCACCACCAACCAAUCCACCCCACCAACCAAUCCCCACCCCAAAACCAACCCACCACCACCAAACCAACCUACCACCAUCACCAAACCAAUCCACCAUCACCACCAAACCAAUCCACCAUCACCACCAAACCAAUCCACCAUCACCACCAAACCAAUCCACCAUCACCACCAAACCAAUCCACCAUCAUUACCAAACCAAUCCACCAUCACCACCAAACCAACCUACCAUCACCACCAAACCAAUCCACCAUCACUACCAAACCAAUCCACCAUCAUUACCUAACGAAACGGCAUCAUCAUCUAAAAACCACCCCGUCAUACAUUUCAUUUAA